AGCAGGACUAAGACCUGCACUCUUAACCGCUCCACCACACUGGCUCUCAAUAAUUCCCACAACAAACCUGUAAGGCAGAAAAUCAAACAGCAGCUCAAGGGCUAACAAAUUUAUCUGCACUCAUUGUCAUACUUUUAGCAUUUCAUUCCCCCCUCCCCCCAUCUCACAAUUUACCAUCCCUCCCGUAGUCUUUAAUGUAUACAUAUCUAUAGCUUAGGAUGACACCACUCAUCUAAGUCCACAAUGGCUUAUGCUGUGAUAAAUUUGUUAGUCUUUACAUUGCUAUAAGACUUUGCUACAGCAGACUCACAAGACUACUCUUCUGGAAGUUUUUUUUAACAACAUAAGCGCUUUUUAGGUCCCCAGAUGCAUGAAUUUGCGUUCAUUUGGGGUAGACAGGCAUGUGGUAAGGGCAAUGGGAAGACAGUUUGGAUGAAGUCCAAGGGAAAUGAAACACCAGAAGACUCUUUGUUUUUGCAAGUCUGUCCCUCUGAAUCCUGUAAGGUGGAUUUCAGAAACUUGUACAGAGUUUAGGAGGCCAUUUGAUGGAAGGUGAUGUCUUGCUUGAUUAAAAACAGCAAUGUCUACUCUCCAGAAUCAACAGUAUCUUCUCUUCUGGCAAGUUGUAGUCUCAACAGUAGCAGUGACUCCAAUUCAUUCCAGUACAAAGACAAGUUGUAUAGGUCUGCAUCUCAAGCUUUGGAGGCAUAUAUUGAGGAUUUUGAUCUCAGUCUUGCAUCUUCCAAUUUAAGGCCUGGAAAAAUCAGUAUUACCCAGAGUACCCCUAAAGACUUCAGUUCCUCAAAGGACAGUUUCAGCCACAAAUAUGCUUUGGAGAACCGUAAAUGGCAGGCGCUUCUUGGUUCAGUUGGUCCACAUUUGAGAAGAAAGAUUGCUUAUGAGCCAGAUAAGCUCAGUCUUACAACGGAUGAUCUUCUCGCCUUCCCUCCUGAUGGUUCUGUAUCUUUUACCCGCACUGCUGCCUUAAGGCCAGCAGCUCGGAGUAACAACACAACCAGGAAGUCACUGACUGCAUCCUAUGUUCCUCGUUGGACUUCAUCAUUUGGCAAUAAAGAAGAAUUGCACCUUCCAGACCAUGCUGCCAUUUCCUCCUCAUCCAAGUACACUAGAAGAACAGUGUGCACACAAGAUUCAUUUCACAAUUCUGGUCUUUCUGUAAAAGACCAGGUCACUGAACAAGAGGACCUGGGAUCUGUUUUUCAUAAGAACUAUCCAAGGUGGCUUACAAGCCAGAAAUCUGACUUGAGCAUUUCAGGAAUAAGUAGCAUUCCUGAUUUCAAGUAUCCAGUGUGGCUGACAAACCAUGGACUCUUGUCAGGUUCAAGUACUGUUGGUUCUACCCAGGCAUCAGCUGGGGAUAGUGCUGCUUCCUCUUUCCAAGGAAGCAGUGUGCUGAUAGGGGGUCAAAAUGUACAUAGAUCAAACACCUUUGGAUCUUCUGGAUAUACUGGUGUGUUGGACCUGCAACAUGAGCAUAAUGCUCAGGCAAAUUGCCAGUAUGAUAUUCCAAAGGUCUGCUUAGCCUCUGAGGGUUUGAGAGAGCAGAAGCAUCUAUUUAGAGAUGAUGACAAGGUACUGCUUCCAAAGGUGAGGAAAGCUCUUGACUCUUCUGUUGAGGAAUUAACCAGUGUCCUAAAAAAUGAUAGCAGCCCUUGUACAGUGGAUGUCCUAGAAGCAGAAAGAUCAUGGGAUAACGUUCCAGUUGGCUUGAAAUCACCAGUACCUGUGCGUUGCAUGGAGGAGGAGGAGGAGGAGGAAGAAGAGAACUCUCUGCAAAGCCCCAAAGCAAGCAUUGUUAAUGAAUAUUUGGAAGAUUGUUUACUGAAUGGCAGAUCAGAGAGUACAUUUUCUGGAGGGAAUCACCAUGGGCCAGUGGAAGCUUUGAAGCUGAUGCUAUUUAAUCUUCAAGCAGUUCAGCACAGCUUUAACCAGAACAAAACUACUGGACAAAAGGAGGAGUUUAAAAAAGCUUUAGAGGAAGAUGUGAAAUUUAAGCUGUCUGAUCACGAUGUGAUCCCUGUAAGAAGGUCCCUUCAGAGGGCUUUACACCAUUUAUCCCGGCUUAAAGGUCUGGUUGAAGAUACGGGUGGCAAAGAAGAAUCAAAAGAAUUGACCAAGACAUGAACUGUCGUAAAUUUGUUUCAGUGCAGCAUCUUACCUGUCACUGAGUAUACUGAGAAAAUUCCUUGGGCAGUGUGAUAACGACCUGAGCACUCCUCAGAUCCCUUCGAAGGAGUCACAAUAGUGCUAUAAUUUUCUGGUAUUUGAGUCAAAUUUAAUAAAUGACAGAUGGGUGUGUGCACGCAUUACUCCAGUUCACUAGA